CAUUUUCAAGGCAGAAUAGGCAAAUUGUUCUUCCCUGUCCAGAAAGGAAGUAUGCUCAAACAGAUGACAGAAAAACUUCUAUAUAAGCUUCGGCUUGAGACGUUUUAAGGAAUUAUUAAGACAAAAUGGGAACCAGAAAGACCGUGUUACUCCUCAUCUUCUCAUUUCACUUCUACUAUUCAGCAUCAUUAUUUCCUCUGGACAACAACUUGCCUUCAGUUGGUUUGCAGGAAAUUGGACGAGGCAAAAAACUGGAAGAAAAUAGUACCUCCAACAAUGGUGCCAGAGAUGGAAUAGCCCGCAGCAGUAGUGUUGUCGAUGGUGCUGUUAGCCACAGAAGUGUAGCAGGAGGCAGUGGUGACGAAGGAAAUGGCAGCGGGUCCAAAUCCCCUGAAACAGGAGGCGGAGCUGCCAUACCCCUAUAUGCAGCAGGCGCUGUUCGAGGCCAUCACACCAACCACCGUGGAGCUGGCAGCUGCAGCCGGAGUUGUGUGGGACUACCCACCUUGUGUGCCAUCAUAUUUGCAUCGCUUUCUGUGCACAUUUUAGUGGUUCUAAGAACUGAGAACCUAAUGAAGCCAGCAUAG